UGGGGCCGGCACCUGGCAUUCGGAGAAGGCGCGGUGCGUCGUGCUCGACGGGGACUGCGGCAUCGUCGGGUACCGCCAAUCCUUCACCUACGAGCCCAAGAACGGCUGGCUGAUGCUCGAGUUCAGCCAACAAGAACCCCGCCGCGGCGAGGCCAUGCCCGUCCUCUGCAAAAUCUACCAGAAGCGUCGUGCCGGCCGGUCCGCCUCGAAGACGAUUUCGUCUGGGUCGUCGUCGAUGUCGGGAUCCAAGAGGAAGGCGGCGGCCGCGGACGAGCGCUCCGUCGAGGGUUCCUCGGCCCGCGUGAGGCGAUUCCUGCAGUUCCGUCCGCCUCCUGCCGCACCAAAUCCGCCCGCACUGUUUGCUACAUCGGGGAUUCAAGAAGCGUUCUUGCUUUCAGUCGAGCGGCCGCAGGCAGAGCAAGAACCAGAGGAGCCGCAAGAACCGCCGGUACGCAUAGCACACACAGCCACACCGCUAAUUCCCAGCUUCUCCAUGGCCGCCGACCACGCCCUGACCUUCGACCGCACCACCUUCCUCCGCCCCGCCCAAGAUUGGCCCAUGCCGAUGCCAGUGAAUUCGGACCUGAGCGACACGUCGACGGCACUACUGGGCAAUUAUGGCUUCGUCUCACCAGCCACCUCCGAGCUGAGCAGCUACAAUGCUACGACACCCUUGAGAGAUAACACCGGCGCUUGGGCCUUUCAGCCGUCCGCCCUGACCUCCUCCUAUGACACCACCUUCCUCCUCCCUGGCCAAGAUUGGGCCACACCAGAGUCGUCACAAGUCAGUGAGGCAUCGACGCUGGACAGCUACGGCUGCUUCUCGCCCGACCAUGCCACAUCCAGGCUCACCACACAGCCGAUCAGCAAUGGCACCGGCUAUUGUUGGUCUUUCCCGCAGUACAGCGAGCUAUCGGCAAUUUUUGGCGCCUGAUUGAAUGCUUUGAUACGCUUCCACGCUAGGCUGAGAGGAGUGUGGGUAUGCCUCCUUUAGUUUGUAGGGAUUUUUUGCCAUACUCGAUUGUUUUCAGCAGCAACUCUGCUUUCUGUUGGAACUGAGGCUUGGUUCAGUUAACCGACAUCUUAGCGGUCCUCCGGCGAUGUAACUGGGAUGCACACAGCACACAUAGCUGUGGAUCCUUCGUUGUGCACUCUUCCUAUAGCCGUGGUUUAAUACAAGAGUUUACUUUUUAGGCCUCCAAUUGAUUUAGUUUUUUAGAUUAUUGUGCUUUUGUUGCUACUGCACACACACUGAAUAAUUCAGAAAUGGAGCGCUUCUUGUUUACCUGGCCCACGCAGCGUUAUAAGGUGAAGAACUUUUUAAGCAAGGGGCCUCGUAGUCUCCUACUCGUAUGUUUUUGGGGUGAUGAUUCUUAAAUCUUAAUGUGGUCUAUCCUUCAUUAUGAAAACAAAGCAGCACAUCAAGCGAUUUGCACGUUUUCACCCAGUUGGUUAAUCUGGGUAGAACAAUGGUUUUCCUUCUGCGUAUCUGAAAAUGAAAAAGUUCAGUGCUCUAAGUGAUACUCACAUACUGCCUCCGUCCGAAAAAGCUGGUCCCAAGCCAAAUGGAUGUAUCUAGCACUAACUUG